AUGGGCUGCUGUCAAUCUACUGAACGUGUUCAAGAAAACAAGCGCAGUAAUCAGAUCGACUCGCAAAUCAAGCGUGAUCGAGUUAAUUUGCGUUCCGAAAUCAAAAUGUUGCUGCUAGGUGCUGGAGAGUCUGGAAAAUCCACUAUUUUGAAGCAAAUGAAGUUAAUCCACGAUGGUGGAUAUACAUCCGACGAACGCGAAGGCUUCAAAGAAGUCAUCUAUAGCAACACCAUCCAAUCCAUGCGAGUUACACUCGAAGCGAUGCAAACCCUGGGUAUUGUAUUCCAAAACUCACAAAACGAAUCCAGCCGACAAUUGAUUCUGGAGGCACCGCCCCAGAUUGAGAUGAUGAGCCAAGAGCUGGUCCAAGCAUUGGCAUCGUUAUGGGAAGACCGUAGUGUACGUGAAUGCGUACGUCGCAGUAAUGAAUAUCAACUUAAUGAUUCGGCAAGAUACUAUUUUGAUUCGAUUGUUCGUAUUGGCGAUCCAAACUACAUGCCUAGUGAUCAAGACGUUCUUCGAUCACGUGUCAAGACCACUGGCAUCACUGAAACAACCUUCGUCAUCAACCAAAUGACCUGCCGUAUGUUUGACGUCGGUGGCCAACGAUCCGAGCGCAAGAAGUGGAUCCACUGCUUCGAAAACGUUACUGCAAUCGUGUUCUUGGUCGCCAUCUCCGAAUACGACCAGGUGCUUGUCGAGGACUCCUCAAUCAAUCGUUUACAAGAGUCGUUGACUUUGUUCGACUCUAUCUGUAACUCCAAAUGGUUCACAAAGACAUCGAUCAUUUUGUUCUUGAACAAGAUCGAUCUGUUUGCAGAAAAGUUACCCCGGAGCCCGCUAGCUAAAUACUUUGCGGAUUACAUGGGUGGUAGCAAAUAUGAGGCAGCGUGCCAAUAUUUGCUUAAUCGAUUUGUUUCCUUGAAUACCCGUGCUGAUUCCAAGCAGAUAUACACGCACUUUACCUGUGCCACCGACACCAAGCAGAUCAAGUUUGUCAUGUCUGCAGUAAAUGAUAUUUGUCUUCAUGAUAAUCUGCGGAAUGUGGGUCUUCUCUAA